CCUUCAUCGCCGCAGCGUUCGCUGUUUGGAUAUGGUAGCCAGCUUUGAACGGUCAUCACCUGCUGCCACUCAGGCCAACUCCCGCGCUUCCCCACCACUGCCAUGGCUCCUUCUCCGCUAUUCGCCGCCGCCGUCUCGGCGCCGUAUUCGCCGCCUCUGCUCUCGUUCUCCUCUCCCUGCUCUUCCGGUCAUCCUCACCUGGCGUUUAGCAGCUCUUGUACGAAGCUGUCCUGGCUUCAAGCAUGGAGAAUCAAGGUGGCUUCCCCAACCUGGUCAGCAGUAUCCAAGAGCAGGAGAACUUUGGUAUGUGCAGUCGGCCAAAAUGCAGAGGAAGCAUUCAAGAAGACUGUGGAAGUAGAUUUGCUGAUAGAGGCACUGAGGGAAGCAAGUCCAACAGAACUUCAGAAGCUUGUUGUUGAGAAUGUUCUUGCUUUCAACGAAGCUUUUUGGAUACGACUUGCUGCAAGAGCAGAUACAUGCAAUUCGGAGGAUGAUAAAGCAUGGCUUUUGACUUGGUUAAUUCUUAAAGAUUACGAGGAAUUGGCUAUUUCCAUAAUGAGCAUUGUUGAUCGUCUAGUCCAUAAGACCAAGGAAAUGAUAAACUCGUCUACUGAUGUUCUUAAGGCAAUACUGCAACCUGUCCUUGAUCCGACGGAAGAGCUAACCUGGCCUCCAAGAGACCCCCAGGCCCUUGAGCUCAUGGAGAAAAAAUACAAGAGUUCUUAUGCUACUUCUCCUUCAUUGUGUGAUCAGGAAAUAAUUCAAAGAGAGCAACAAGGACAACUGGAUGAAGGGUUCCUUUCAGAAGUUAGCGCGCAAUUGAGAAACGCGAAAGAAGAUGGUGAUAAGCCAGGGCUUGAAGCUAUGCUGCAAAAAGUUCUGCAACUCUAUGCCUCCACGCUUCUUUCCAAACGUAGCUACGCCAAGAAAGGAGACGAGAUAUUGAAGGAUGAGCAGUUCCUUGAGACCAUAAUCAAAGCUCCUGAGGAAGAGUGGAACAGGCUUAUGAUCAACGGGUUGACCGUGGCGAAAGGAGACAUUUCCCCAGAGGAACUCUAUGCUGUCGUCAAGAAGCGAAUCGAGAGGGUGCUGAUUCGUACGGAAGGAGGAUCAUACCAGCAGCGCAUCCUGAGCGAAUAUCUAAAGGGCAUCCAAUUUCGUGCCGAGGAAGUCGUCCUUGUUCUUCAAGGAAGAACAUAACUCACUUAUCCACAGUUUCGUUAAGCACAGUAUAGUUGCAUUGCAGAGAAACAUAUGUACACUACAUAGAGUAUACACACCACUCCGUGAUCUUCAAUGGCUUUAAGAAUUUCUCAGGAUUCUUGUAACUAAUGCAUAUGUUUCCUUUUGGGACUGCACAAACAAAUCCACCGAUUCCCAGAAUUCAGGAAAAAGAAUUCACUACGGAGAUCAUCAUGAUCUAUGUACACCAAUAAGGACGAUUCUUUCAAAUUCAACCAUCCAUCCACCCAUAGCUACAAUAUUUCCAUCCAGUAACAGAAGCAACAACCAAACUGGACAUUCCUACUACCCCUAAUUUACAUUUGCAAUCCCUAGAAAUCAGACUAGGAGAAGACGAACCCUAAAAUCCAUGAAUUUUGCAGAAUUCACAUGAAGAAAAAGAGAGAAAAAGAAAAGAAAGGAUAGUUCGUUCCGUGUUUCCCCCAAACUGUUACCUUCCCGAUCUGGUUGAUGCUGUUUUAUUUACUUCUUCACCGCCAUUUUUUUUUCCCGACGAGGGGUUUCUUCAGGCUUUGUGCUUCCCAUAAGCGCACCCUCGCUUGACGUAACUGUAAGGAUUGCGCUUGGCGUUGCUGAUCUUGUUCUGGCAACCUUUCUUCCCCACUUUCCUCAUCCUCUGCUUCCCCGCCAUCUUCCCGCUCAAGUUCCACGCCGCCAGCUCGUCGUACUCAUCGUCCUCUUCCUCGUCUUCUUCAUCUUCCACCUCUCCCUCCCCGUAAAAUCGACCACCGUACAGAUCAUAGACCUGCCCUUCCACAAUCCUCUCAACGAAAGACCGACCGAGAUCCCCUGUACCAGCGACGAUCACGCCGCCACCCACCGCUUCUUUCCCCGAUCCUCCGAUUCCGUCAUCAUCUCCUCCAGUGUACUCUUCCUCCACCGCCUCGGGUGCAGCAACGGCGGCGAUCAGCAGAGACGGUGGCGAUGCCGACGCGUCGUGCAAGGAGACGAAGCCGUUCUCGUCACUGAGCAGCGACUCGGUGUCGGAGGAGUCGGCGUCGGAGGCGUUGAUGAACUCCCAGUACGAGGACAGUUCGGCGGCGGCGGAUGCGUCCACCACCACCGCGUCCUCGAUCGGCUCCAUGGUGACGGUUCCGGCAGCGGCGGUGAAGACGGAUCGGAGGAAGGAGAAGGACGAGGAGGAAGCGGUGGCGGAUUUCUUGGCCAUUAUUUUCCGGUGGGAUUUUCUCUCUUUCUUUCUUUCUUUGGGUUGGGGUUUUUUGCUCUCACGGGAAGAUACGACUUUUUUGCUGCUGAAAAAUGGGUUUGAGUGAGACGCUCGGUUUCCUUCAGCUAACCCCACUGCUGCUGCAUUUACUCCUUUCUUUCCCCUUUCUUUCUUGUGGCUCUCCGUCGCACGUACCGGAGAGAGAGAUGGG